GCUGCCUCCUGCUCCCCCUGGCUCCCAAGGCUGCUUCUGGAUUUAGCUGCUGCAUCGGGAGUAAGCGCCCGCCUGCAAGUGAUGCUGGAUUCAGUAACACCCAGCACGUUUCUGUCAAACAUGAUGGUUUGUGAUCCCCUGAUGUCUUGGACAGAGAUAUUUGGGACAACUGAAGAUGACUAUUCCACCUGUGACCAUCAGACAGGCACAUCGUUUUUUACUGACUUAGAAGAAACAAAGUUAUCCAGCAAGGACUCGCAUGAUAAAGCAUGCAUAAAGACAGGUGGCAUCAGCAGCCAAGAAUGUCACAGUCAUGGUAGAACAAACCUUCAGAGUUCACAUUUGUGGGAAUUUGUAAGAGACCUCCUCCUUUCUCCUGAAGAAAACAGUGGCAUUCUGGAAUGGGAGGACAGGGGAAAAGGCAUUUUUCGAGUUGUCAAAUCAGAAGCUCUGGCAAAGAUGUGGGGACAAAGGAAGAAAAAUGACAGAAUGACAUAUGAAAAACUGAGCAGAGCACUUCGAUACUAUUAUAAAACAGGCAUUUUGGAACGAGUAGACAGAAGGCUGGUGUACAAGUUUGGGAAGAAUGCCCACGGAUGGCAGGAGAACAAGAUAUGA